GGAAUGGGCGGCUUUGGUGGAGGAAUGGGUGUCUUUGCUGGUCCUGGUAGAGGUGGCCCUGGAAUCCAGCCAGUGCAGAUUGACUCAAGCCUCCUACAGCCAGUCCAUGUUGAGAUUGAUCCCCAGAUCCAGCAAGUCAAAAACCAUGAGAAGGAGCAGAUCAAGACUCUUAACAAUCAAUUUGCCUCUUUUAUUGAUAAGGUCCGCUUCCUGGAGCAACAGAACAAGGUCCUCUCCACCAAGUGGGAGCUCCUCCAACAGCAAGGGCCUUCGGGGCCAAGGAAGAACCUGGAUAUCAUCUUUGAGAAUUACAUCCAGAACCUGAGGAGGCAGGUGGACUCGAUCAUGUCACAGAGGGGCCAGCUGGAGUCAGAGCUGCAGAACAUGCAGCAAUACGUCGAGGAUUACAAAACCAAGUAUGAGGAAGAGAUCAACAGGCGCACAACUGCUGAGAACGAGUUUGUGGUGCUUAAGAAGGACGUGGACUGUGCCUACAUGACUAAAGUAGAGUUGGAAGCCAAGGUGGGAGCUCUGACGGAUGAAAUCAACUUCCUGAGGUGCAUGUAUGAGGAGGAACUGGCUCAGAUGCAGACGAUCAGCCGGGACCUGUCCGUGGUGGUGUCCAUGGACAACAACCGGCACCUGGAUCUGGAGAGCAUCAUCGAGGAGGUCAGGCGCCAGUACGAGCAGAUAGCUCAGAGCAGCAGAGCUGAAGCUGAGGCUUGGUACCAGAGCCAGUAUGAGCAGCUGCAGAACACAGCUGGAAGGCAUGGGGACAGCCUCCGCAACACCAAGAUCGAGAUCCAGGAGUUGACCAGGAACAUCCAGAGGCUACGGGCUGAGAUUGAGAACGUGAAGAAGCAGAACCAGCAGCUGCAGGCAGCAAUUGCUGAGGCCGAGGAGCGGGGGGAGAUGGCCCUCAAGGAUGCCAGGAUAAAACUGGAGGAGCUGGAAAGUGCCCUGCAGAAAGACAAGGAGGAGCUGGCUCGCUUGCUGAAGGAGUACCAGGAGCUGCUGAACAUCAAGAUCGCGCUGGACGUUGAGAUUGCCAUGUACAGGAAGCUGCUGGAGGGAGAGGAGAGCAGGCUGUGCAACGAUGGGAUGUCCAACAUCAAUGUCU